AUGCAAGUUAGCAUUCUCUACAACAACCAGAAUCACGAGUUCAAGCUCCCAAAGGAUGCCAAUGCCGGUGUCCUUAUGGAUGAGAUCACAAAGAAGUUCGAAAUCCCAAGAGAAAAGCAAAAAAUUAUUUGCCGCGGAAAGUCACUCAACAUUCCAGAUCCACUUUCCGAGGGCAUGAAGAUCUUCCUAUUGGCAUCUGUUGCUCCAAAGAUCAAAGCUUCCAAACCAGAGACAAGCACAGUCAGAAAUGUGUUAUACAAACCACAGAUCAUCGAUACGCUUCGUGAGCCACAGCAUAGAGGCAUCAUCAAUGCUGGUCUCCCAGAAGGAUUCAUCGCAACAAGCCAGUUCGAAACCGCUGUUUUACCAAAAGUUCCAUUCAUUGUCAAGAAUACAGAAGGCGUCAGGACCACAAUCUCUUUUGAAUCAGAUGCCCUCUUCUCUGUCGCUGAUGACGGCAAGACAGAGAGAAUAUACACUUCAAGCAUCAAAGCGAUGAAACUUAUCCCUAUUGACCAAUACCCAGGUUACAUGGCCUUAGGUAUGAUGACAGAGAAUGGAAACAGAUGGUUCUACUUCGUUCCUUCUCAAUACCAGAAGCUCAUUCGCGCAAUUCUCUAA